AUGGUUUGACCACCUCUACCGCGAGUUCUAUCUUUUCCAAUGCUUUUCACAAAAUAUUUAAAUUAAAUUAAGUGCAAAAUUCCAGCAACAGUCAGCAGUAGUAUAGUAUCGCACAAAGUUUGUGCCUAGCGUUUAUCUGUGAUCUGUGAUGAGGGAGUGGCGCAAGCAGUGGUGAGGCUGCAUUCUUGUGAGCACAGAGAGGCCCAACAACCCCAACCCAACCCAUCUGCAGUGAGUGACUGGUGCAAAACACAGCACUGGGCAUUGAGCAGAGGAGAAACAAAACGAAAGCGAAGCGAACGGGAGGAGGAAUACAAAAAAAAACUGCCUUGUUGGCUUACACAGACUUACGGGGUUCGGUUUGGUACACAAGCAUGGAAGUGCACAACAGCCUGCACUGCACCGCCCCUGUGCUCUCCUCACUGCAGGCAAACGCCUCCGGCAGUGCCACUCCCAAGAAGACGGCCUCCAGUAGUGCGGCAGCAGCUCAGAGCGCACUCCUCAAUCAACUCAGUCAGCAGCAGAAGGCCCAGGAAGAGGCAGAUUCUCACAGUCGGCGUGACUGCGACAGUCCCGCCAGUUCCAACUCGGAGCCGGAGAAGGAACUGGACGAGCUGAGGGAUCUGAACGGUUCGCUGACCGGCAGUGGAAGUGUGGGCAAGUCGAACGGCUCCCUGAGCGGCGCCUCUUCGACCACUUCAGCUCCAGCUGGAACGAGUACGCCUGGCACCGCCAACACCAAUGGCUCUGCCAGCGGUGCAGCAUCGCUGAGCGUCGUGCCAGCCACGGCCCAUCUAAAGAAGCGCAUCACAAGCAGCCGCACACCGACCCGCAAGGCCCAUCGCAUUAAGUUCUAUCGCAAUGGGGAUCGCUUCUAUCCGGGCAUAACCAUACCCGUGUCCAACGAGCGAUAUCGGUCAUUCGAGAGCCUCUACGAGGACUUGACUCGACUCCUUGAGGAGAAUGUGAAAAUACCGGGUGCUGUGCGCACCAUCUACGACAUGUGUGGAAAGAAGAUUACCGCCCUGGAGGAGCUGGAGGACGGUCAGAGCUACGUUUGCUCCUGCAAUAACGAGAACUUCAAGAAGGUGGAGUACAAUACCAGCUCCCAGCCCCUGGCCAACCUCACGCUGGCGAACAACAGUCGCUCGUGCAACCAUCGCUUGGCCAAGCUGCAGCGGCCCGCAUCUCCGUUGAAGAACGGAGUGCUCAACAGCAGUGCGUCGGCUCCAGUUGGCGGAGGAGCCGCUGCCAACGGUAGUCCGUUGAAUACUUCGCGGUUCAGUGAGCGAGACAGUGUGGUACAUCCGCGCAUCGUUACCCUCAUACGGAACGGCACAAAGCCACGACGCAUAAUAAGAUUGCUGCUAAACAAGCGCAACAGUCCCAGCUUCGAUCACGUGCUGACCGCCAUUACGCAGGUGGUCCGCCUGGAUACAGGAUAUGUGAGAAAGGUCUUCACCCUGUCGGGCGUCGCGGUGCUACAGCUAGCCGACUUCUUCGGCUCGGAUGAUGUUUUCUUCGCCUACGGUACAGAGCGGGUCAAUACCGUGGACGACUUCAAGCUGGAGUCGGAGGAACAGCGCGCCAUCAAUGCUAUACGAAAGACGCUCCGCACGGCGGGCACCGCCUGCAAGGGACCCAAGCCCAAAAUGCCCGUCAAGAGCAAAAAGGCAUACCCGCCAGGGGAGCUGACAGCCCACGCUGAGGCUCAGCUUCAGUCAGCAGCCAACGAGGACGAUGACCAAGCGGCGCUACUCAAGAGCACUGGCGUGGAGGUUGCCGAGCUGCCAGCUGCCAUACGCGACAACUAUACGCUAAGCCAAAUCAUUGGCGACGGCAACUUCGCCAUUGUGCUGAAAAUUAAGGAACGCCAGACGGGCAUUCCUCGCGCUCUAAAAAUAAUCGACAAGAGCAAGUGCAAGGGUAAAGAGCACUACAUCGACGCGGAGGUGCGCGUCAUGAAGAAGCUCCACCAUCCGCAUAUUAUCUCGCUCGUCUUGGAUGUGGACCAGAAUACCAACAUGUAUCUGGUGCUGGAGUAUGUGAGUGGGGGCGAUCUUUUUGAUGCAAUUACCCAGGUGACGCGAUUCUCGGAGAGCCAGUCGCGCAUCAUGAUCCGACAUCUGGGCUCAGCCAUGUCUUACCUACAUUCCAUGGGCAUUGUGCACCGAGAUAUUAAGCCGGAGAACCUCUUGGUUGAACUGGAUGAGUUUGGAAAUGUCGUUCAACUGAAACUAGCUGACUUUGGACUGGCCUGUGAAGUCACCGAGCCUCUAUACGCCGUCUGCGGCACGCCUACUUAUGUGGCACCCGAAAUAUUGCUGGAAGUGGGGUACGGCUUGAAGAUCGAUGUUUGGGCCGCUGGCAUCAUAUUGUACAUACUGCUCUGCGGCUUUCCACCGUUUGUGGCGCCUGACAACCAACAGGAGCCGCUUUUCGACGCCAUCAUCUCUGGUGUGUACGAGUUCCCCGAUCCCUACUGGUCGGAUAUUGGUGAUGGCGUGCGCGAUCUAAUCGCCAACAUGCUUCAAUCUGAUCCCGAUGUUCGCUUCACCAGCGAGGAUAUAUUGGAUCAUUACUGGACAAUGGGCAACAAGGAAAUCGGAUGCGGCGACUACAACAGAUGAAUUAUGGCCGUGUGGGGUGUUUAAACAGAAUCUAAUCACGCCCACUUGCGACGUUGUCGUUGGCGCCGCGUAGUUUUUGUAUUAUGUAUUUUAGAACGCUAUGUUAUAGGCUUUUAUUUAUUCGCACAUUACCACAUACACCACGAUAAUCCUGUAGUGUAAUAGCGGUAACUACAAACCAAUUAAGACAAAACAAGACACGACGAGAAACGAACAGACAAACAAAAACAAGCAAACCCCAAUAUUACUCGUACAAGUGAAGUUUCGAAAUUCCAGUUUCCAAACCGUUUACGGUUGGUUUCGCAAUCAUAUAUUUAGCCUUAACUUUUUAACAUAUGUAUUUAUAUUUAUAGCGAGUAUUCAAGUGAGAAUCAUAUUUUUUUAUUUGGUACUUUUAGAAUGUUUUAAUUGGUUAAUAAACCGCAAGUUGUGUAUAUUUUCAUAAA